UAUGAAUUAACAUCAGGAGGAUGCUGAAAUAUUUGACAUACCUACUUCUAAGAGAAACUCAGAACUUACUGGGAGAACUCUCUCAUCAACUGUCUUUGCCAUUAUCUACAAUUUUAGUUGGGGAUUACUUUUUAUGCUGUUUAGACAUUAUAGUAAUUUCUGAUUUAUUUAAAGAAGAGAUGAUCAGUCUUGUGAUAGUAUCAAUGCGUGGUCAUUGUAUGCUGAGAUCUUUUUGUUUUUGAUGGCUGGAUACAAAUUGUAAGAACUUAAUUUUAAAUAAAGAAUCAUUGAAUUGCCAAUUCAAUAUUAAACCAACGGAUUUUGGAAAGAAAAACUGCUUGACGUGGUCGACUAUGUGGAGUUAUUCUUUAACAUUUUGAUUCUGAUUGGACUCACAGUAUUUCUCAUUAUGUUACUCCUAGUACGCCUAUUUGCAACAUGAAGAAUGCACCCAUUUGCGAAUGUUCAUCUUAAGCUAUUUGGUCGUCACCUACUUCAUAAUAUUCAUUUGGAUUCUGACGAUGAUUUAUCUUAUUUGCAACAAAGAUGAACAAUCUAGAAGUUCAUGAUCAC